CCGUGCGUGUUGUUGUUUUUUUUUUAAUUAGAUUUUUGGACUCUUUGACAAUCACAGAGAUUUCAAGACUCAUCGUGAGGAAUUACAACCAUGAACUUUGUUGUCACUUUGGUAAAAAUCCUUUUGGCAGCGGUUCUUCAUCUAUCCACUGUAAAGACUGCCAGUAUCAAAGGAGUGGAGAAGAGUAAAAAUGAGGUCAUCCGCCUCACAGAAGUCAUCACCAAGAGUAUGUGUCAGCCCAGGGAAGUGCUGGUGGACAUCUUUCAGGAGUAUCCAGAGGACACAGAACACACCUAUGCCCCUUCCUGCGUGGUCCUCAAACGCUGUGGAGGCUGCUGCAAUGACGAAGCAAUGGAGUGUGUACCCACGGAAACCAACAACAUCACGUUGGAGGUAAUGCGAUUUAGACCAAUGGUAACGCAGCAUACUAUUCUCCUAAGUUUUGCAGAGCAUCAAAAGUGUGAUUGCAGACUAAAGCCAGAUGUUCAAGUAAAGAAAGAAUACCACUGUGCACCUUGCUCAGAGAGAAGAAAGCGCUUGUUUGUGCAGGACCCUCUCACCUGUAAAUGUUCCUGCAAAUUCAAACAAUUAGACUGCAAGUCCAGACAACUUGAGUUAAACGAAAGAACUUGCAGAUGUGACAAACCGAGGAGAUGAGACCAGCAACACUGUUAUGAAGGAAUUCUUUUCUUGGCACAGCACUUUGAAACCUGAGGAUGCAUUCCCUGUCAGGACAUGAAAUGACAACGCAAGACGGGACUUUCUUGACGCAGAUCUUGCCACUGUCUGUUUUCCGCCUAAAGAUAUUAAUAUACAUGUACAUAUACUAUAAGUACAUCGACAAUGUGUAUUGCUGCUACAUAAAAAGACACUAUUUAAAGCUAAACGAAUGCGCCGCUGGCGUGUGAAUGGGAAAUGUUUCAGUGGUGUUCUGCAUAUGGGUAGAACUGGUUAGAAGAAAUCUUUUAUUUUAUGUAACACUUCACUGGAUGCUGGUCUGCUGUGGAUAUGAAUAUGUUAAAUUUUUCUUAGAAAGAAAAACUGGUGACCACAACUUCAUCGAGCAGUACAGCAGAAGCUGAACUCACCUCCGGACUCUGACAGAAGAGUCUGAGAAGAGAGAGAGUGAGGAUGAGGAGGUGGAAGAACACCUGUUGUACUUGAAGUGAAUGGCAGGUUCAAGAACUGUUUCCCUCUGUGACAUGAUGUGAAGUUUUGUCUCCACUGUAUGGACUGACUCCAGCUGGUGUUAUACACCUAAAACGUCUCUCAGAGUUUCCUGAAGGGACUAUGGAUGCAGGUUAUGUACUGUGGCAUCGGAUAAUGUGAAGAUGACCUUCUUCUUCGUGGAAGGGUUACAUGAUGAUGGCAAGAACUGGACUAAAGGUUAGCUAAUGGUAAAAAAGUAAAAAGAUGUUAGAAUUUGGUUCAGGUUAAGCCUAUCCCUACAUGUUGGCAAAUAACCAACUUUUACUGUUGGAGUUAGGAAAUGGAAGUUUCCAUCAGGGUUAAAGGUAACAAACCACUACCUGUUUCUAGUCCUGAAUCCUUCUUGUAGCCCUUCUAUGGUAUGGGGAAACAGAUUUGUCUUUCUUUUUGUGCACAGAGUUUAUUAUUUAAAUUUUGAGGUUUUGUGUUCCUUUCACAAAUGUCUUGAGACCAGGCUGUCUAAAGGGAUAUUACUGUAGGUAUAUAUGGAGACAAGAAGUAACUAAACAAGCUGAUCACAGAUCAGAUCAGCACCUCACUGUAGAAAUUCACAACCUUCCUUAUUUAAAAUGGCUUUGUGUGUGUUCCAAAGAAAUAGUCAGGUAUCCACAACUGAGCAGUUUGUCAUAAACGAUCUGUAUAUACUUACUAGAUAUCCCUUUGUCUUGUACACUACACCUAAUUUAUAGAAUAUGUUCAGUAUUCUGUAUUCUCAUAUUUAUAUGCAGUGUUAUGAUUAUUUUUGUUUGUACUUUUUGUUUGAGAACACGUAUGACUGUAGACUCCUUUUUCUGUGGGAAAAAGAACUGAAAGACAAAGCUUUGACAUUCCAGAUUUAAACUAAAGCUGUGUUUCUCACCAGCCGGAGGGGGAUCAUGGUGGGCCUGUUGACCGAUAGAAACCCCAGCCACCAACAUGUGCGUGCAUGAUGCGCCAACACAGGUGUUUUUCAUUUUGGACUGGGGUGAUGGACAUGUGGUUUUGCACUUGUGGGCCUGAAGACACGUCAUAUGGAGGACUGAAGGAGUCUCGUUCCUGCUGCUCAGCUCGGACCUAGUGAAGACUUUCCAAUCAGCCUGAGGCCUCUAGUCUGGGGGUGAUAAACUGGCACAGUGUUUUCUCUGACUUUAACACAGGCGCUAGCAUAACAUCCUCACUCACUGUUGUCUACCAUGCCGUUUAGAUAAUAACUCAUUGCCAGGAAUUAGUGAUUUGUGCUCUGGAAUUACUAACUCAUGUUAAAAUGUGUAAGUUUCACCUUUAAAUUUCAUAAGAACACUGAAACAGAACAUAAAGGCAUGUCAAUAGUAUCAAUAUAUUAACAGCUAAAAUACCCAGCAUGUGUGCCAUGGCCAAAGCUGGCCAACACAGAGUAAACAAGGCGUGUUGAAAAAACACCCGAUGUGAACUGAACAAGGACAAGUUAAAAGAAGGAUUUCAUUGUAAUUUGAUGGAAUUUAAAUUCAGCAACAUCAGGAAAAUAUGGGCACAACUACACCAAACCAUGCCUCCCUACCUGACAGGACCAGCCUCAACAACCUAUAACUUCACUUCUGACUGCAACAAUAACUGAACCCUUGAAGGAAUGAAUGACUAUGUUUAAUAGUCAUAGGUGUGAAUUACUAACUGUACUACCUUCAGGGUUCUGUACAUGGUCAUUAAUACUGAUCAGUUAUUCUGACUUUAGAGUAGAUUUGAGUCCUUUUUUCCAAAUGGUGACACAUUUCUUCCCAUGAAUGCUACCUGUGUUCCUCUUAGCACUAACUGUCCCACUGCUGUUCAUGUGAACUGACCUUCUGUGCUGCCACCCUCAAAAUAGAGGCCUGAGAGUGUGUUCAUUAAGACCGACUGCUGGCUCAGUACCCACGCCUCCCCAGUCCCCCGAUGAUGACAACAUUCUAUUUGUAUUUAAAUGACAGACUUUUUCUUGAGUUUGUACAGCCACACAUUUUAGUAUAUUUUCACAUUAAUAUAUUUAUUGGCGCUGUAAAAAUGUUUUACAAUAUUAAUACUCUUUUUGUUGUUUUUAGU